AUGGAAGAAUUCAAAUGGGAUGAUGUUCAUCAAAGGGCAUUUGACCAGAUUAAGCAAUACUUGUCGAGUCCUCCUGUCAUGAUGCCACCAAGGAAGAAAUGGCUGAUGAAAUUAUACUUAUCGGCUGCUGAAGAAUCCAUUGGAGCUAUCAAUGAAAUUAAGAGUCUAUAUGUUGCCUGUUUUGGUUUACAUUGUUCGUCAAACAGAUCUUUAAAGUAUAUGCUAUCAAGGCCAUUAAUCACAGGUCGGAUCGGCAAGUGGGCUUUGGCACUAAUGGAAUUCAACUUUUCAUAUGUUCCACAGAAGGCAAUUAAGGGAAGAACAUUAGCAGAUUUUCUUGCCGAUCAUCCCUCGCCUGAAAUUGAGUCACAAGUAUUUGAUGAGCUUGAUUUGGCAGCCAUAUUCAUGACUCCUUGGAUGUUAAUGUUCGAUGGAUCGAGUACCAAUGAAGGGUCAGGAGCUGGCAUUGUGCUAAUAUCCCCAACAGGGAAUCAAAUUUCGUUUUCUCUCUUUUUGGAUUUCAGGUGCUCAAAUAAUCAAGCCGAGUAUGAGGUAAUGAUUAUCGGCUUGGAAAUUUUGCUAGAAAUGACAGUCAAAGACGUCCACAUUGUGGGAGAUUCGAGUUUAACCAAGGCCAUGAAUAAAAUAGCUAAUGAUUUAGCACAGACUGCUUCAGGAGUCAGGGUACCGAAUGGUAUGAAGGAAAGAAUAAUGAAGAUUACACGCCGAUCUCUUCCAUCGGCUGAAGCAAGAAAUCAAAUCAUGGAAGAAGUCUUCGCCACUGAUAUGGCCGAGUUGGAUGAUGAUGAUUGGCGAAUUCCUUACCUUUUGUUCUUGCAAUAUCCAACUCCAGAAGCUGAUUGA